UAUAAACCCAGGUUCAUCCGACCAUACUCAAUCCAUUUUCAUCCCUCACACACAAUGGUUGCAACAAGAGCGUUGAUAUCCCUGUGUGUGGUUGGUCUUACCCUAGGGCAGGGGCAGGUCAAUGAGGAGGUCAUUGUAACAAAUGUUGUGACUGCUCUUCAACCAUCUAUUGCCCAAGCAGUUGCCGAUGCUUUGAGAAACCUUGGAGGAAGUGUCUCUUCUUCCGGGUUUGCAGCUGGUAGCUCUUCAGGAUCAGCCCAAGGAUUCAACUCAUUUGGAUCAUCUUCUACAUCUGCUCAAGGAUUCAGCGCAGCUGGAGCAUCUGCUUCAAGACCUGGAGGUUCCAACAGACCAGCUGGUGUUGGACCUGCUGGUAUUGCUGUUGUAGCUCGCCCUGAAUACAAUUUUGAGUUUAAGGUUGCUGAUGAAGAGGAGCAGACCUUCAUCAGCCAGUCAGAGAAGAGGGACGGUGAUGAUGUCACUGGAACCUACUCCUACGUUGACCCAACAGGAUCUUUGAUCACUGUCAACUACCAGGCUGGAGCUAUGGGAUAUACCCAGACUGUGGACAAGCAGGAGGGAGCUGUACAGAUCAGAGCUCGUCCAUCUUACUCGGGAGCAGGAACCGGUGUUGCUACUGGAUCCGCCAAUAGGAACAGUGCUUUCAGCAGCAACAGUGCUAGCAGUGUUGCCAGCAAUGUUAACAACAAUAUCAACAACUUUUCUAGCACUGCCACCACCUCUUCUGUAGAUCAGUCUGUUCUGAUUUCUCAAAUUAUUGCUGCUCUUCAACCCCAGAUCUCCCAGGCUGUUAACAGCGCCAUCUCUACUCAGUCAAGCUUCUCCAGCUCCUCCAACAGUGCUGCUCAAUCCAACCAGGUUGCUCAGAUUGACCUGAGAACUGAGGAUUUUGUUGCCGGAGACAGACUUACCCCUCUCUUUGGAAACUAAACCAAAAGGAUGCAGAAAACUGAGCUUCACUUUGCCAGACCUCUUUCCUAAACCUUUACUCUGAAUGGGCACCUGAACCCAGGGCAUUGAAAUAAUUUGAUAAACACUUGUUCAUUUAUUUGUCAUCAUCGAGUAAUAUCUAUACGAAAUACAUGUUAGCGAUAGA